AUGUCUUUUACCACAACAGUCACCGCGGCACCCCCGCCCGGUCAACCAGAUAUUGCUUACGCUCCAAACUACGAAAACUACCAGGCUAGAACAACCAAGCGCCUCAAAGAGGGGAAACUCCCGACCUCGGUCCCAGAUGGCUUCCCGGAACAACUUACUGGCGAUCUUGUCUGGGAAGGCGACUCGGUUGGUCAAACUUAUGACUGGACUUAUAAGCUAUCCGAGGACCAGCUCAGCGAAAUUGAUCAGGCUUUACAGCAUUUCAAAGGUCUUGGCCUUCCAUUUGGACAUAUCUCGGCGGAGACAUUCCCUCUACCAAAGCUACACUCAGAACUACGAAAGUUAUCUGAUGAGCUACACAAAGGCCACGGUUUCUUCGUCAUCCGCGGUGUCAACGUAGAUAACUACACCCGCGAAGAAAACGCCAUAAUUUACGUCGGUAUUUCUUCACACAUCGCAUCACAGCGCGGCCGUCAGGACAACAAGUUCAACGGCAAGCCCGCUGACGUUGUCCUCACGCACGUCAAGGAUCUCAGCGCCGGUCAAGAUAAGAGCGCAAUUGGGAGUCCGGCUUAUACUACUGACAGACAGGUCUUUCAUACUGAUUCGGGUGAUAUCGUGUCACUGUUUUGUCUAGAGACUGCGUUGGAGGGCGGCGCGAGUAGGAUUGCGAGUACUUGGAGGGUCUAUAAUGAGUUGGCGAGGACGAGACCUGAUUUGGUUCAUACCUUGUCGCAGAAUUGGGAUGUUGAGAAUUUCGCAAACCCGAAUAAGAAGUUUACAAGUCGGCCACUUCUCUACCAUCAUAAGGCCACCUAUACGCUUCCUGAGAGAGUUGUUUUGCAAUACGCUCGUCGAUACUUUGUCGGAUUCGGUGCACUUCCAAGAAGCCACGACAUUCCACCUAUCACCGAAGCUCAGGCCGAAGCACUAGAUGCUCUUCACUUCUUGGGAGAUAAACUAAGUGUUUCUACGAACUUUGCAAAGGGCGAUAUGCAGUUCAUCAACAACCUCGCUGUAUUUCACGCUCGAGAUGCAUUCACAGACUCACCAACGCAACAGCGCCAUCUUCUUCGUCUCUGGCUGAGAGAUCCUGAAAAUGCAUGGGAGACUCCGGAACCGCUGCGUGAGAGGUGGGCAGAACUGUAUGAGGGUGUGACACCAGAUGCCCAGGUGUUUCCGCUGGAACCCUAUAUUCGUAGUGCUAGCAACAGGGCCAGAUAG